AGACCAGACCCAGUCACGCGAGAGCCUCUGCUCUGUUAUCAAUCGUAAUCCAUGUACAUGCGGUGUUGUUCACAACAUCCCACUAUAGUGUGGUAAAAUGUAUAUUAGGCAGACUGGCGCCUGCCUUAAGGAAAGGUCACGCCGGCACAGCAACAACUAAAGGGCACGCUUCAUAACAUCUGUCAGCACAUUGUCGUUCAUGGAGCUGUAAACGAAUUUUUUUAAAGAAUGCAUGUAAUCUUCAGACACGUGGAUCAAAAUGCACGUGGAAUCGUUGAAGCUCUCCAUAAAGAAAAAGCGUGAACAUUGCAUUUCCGUCCAAUCCAUCAACCUGCACGAGUUUGAAAUCAGCCUCCUCGAGAGAUGUGACAAAUACCAGCAGCGUGAGGGUGUGCUGUGGGGAGUGAUGAGAACCGCUUACAGUGCUGUGCUUCUAUCCGUGAUUGUUGGAGUCAUCGCACGAGAGCAGUUCCCACUGCUGCGACGUAGGAGAGACGCUACGACGACGACGUCCACGCAACAAGAAGGCACCGAGCCUCGGGACGUGAUGCACGUCCAAGAAGGCGACGUCGCCUCGUUCACCUGCGCGGCGGCCAGCCACGAGCCGAUGCGCGUCGAGUGGCGGCACAACGGCAGCCUCGUCCAGCACCAGCCUGCUGCGGGCGCCGAGAGGAACUCUUCGAGUACGAAGACGUCGCUAAGCGUGUGGCACGCGCCCCUGAGUUCCAUGUCCGGGGCGACGCUGACGCGCAGCCGGCUUCGGCUGUCCAACGUGUCGGCCAACCAUUCGGGCGUGUACGCCUGCCACUUCAGCGACGGCCUGGGAACACUGGCACGCAGCAGCCAUCUCGUCGUACAGCCCAAGGCAUCUAACGGGUCCGAGCCUAAAGACAGCCAGUGUGGGUCCGAGGUGCAAUGCUCGGGCAAGGGCGAAGUGUGCGACGGCAAACAUCCCUGCCGCUGCUCUGACGGUUCCAUCUCGAAAGAAGGGCCGUGCCCAGCCCUUUACAGCGGUCCACACUUGGCGAGCAUUUUGGCCUGGGUCUCGAGCGCUGCUGCAGCGGCCGUCCUGCUAGCGGCGCUUGCUGUGCUGGCGGCGCGUAGGAUGCGCAGGACGGCUGGAUCCACUCUUCUCGCUAAUGUCCCGGAUGAUGACGGCUUGGAGCAUAAUGCCUCGAGGAGGAACUCCUUUAUCACCAUGGCCUCACCAGUACCCUCUGAACUAUAGCAUAAUCAAAUACUGUACCCCUUGUGGACUUCUUUCGUGUGAUGUCUUGGGUACAGUGAGCUGUGAUGAGUGCAAAGUGCUACAGUGAACUUCUAGACUGUCUUGUUGGAUCUAACCUGGCCGCGCGUUAGACGGUGUGUUCUUUUUUUAGAUGCACCAAAUUUUUUUUAAAUUUGCCUGUGGCAGAUAGCACAAUUACAUUCCUUAAUCGAAAUCACUCGAUGAGGUGGCCCACUACUUCUACGGAAAAUCAAGAUGCGUGUUUGAAUAAUUAACAUAAUAACACUUAAUUACAUAAUUACAUUUUAAUUUAUUACAUUUCGGCACAUGCAGGGUGUCCGAAGUUAAGUUUUAAGGAAUUUUUAGAAAUCGCCUGUGGCAGGUCGCAUAAUUCUUAUCGUUGAGUUAUUCGAAGAGGCGGACAUUAGUAGCACGAGAAAUUGAAAUACAUAUUCAACUAAUUAACAAGAAGUUAGUGCUACUUAGUUAAUUAGUUUACGACACGUAUCGCAAUUUACAAAUUCUAGCCGGUGAGCUUGUCAGGCGCAUCCACUUGGAAUGAAUUUCCAGGAUAUGACACCAGUUUGGAGAUAUGCGCCAUCAAACUCGCCGUAAAAAUGCACUGUUGUUCCACUUACUUUUUACCAAAAUGCUGUUUUAUACAUUGAAGCACAAAAGUAACUGGAACGCUUAUGUAUUUCGUCCCACACUUUGGGAAAUAAUAUCUCGAAACAGGUGUCAUCAUGGAAAUUCAUUUCAAGUGGAUGCGUCUUGCAAACUCGCCGGCUACAAUUCGUAAAUUGCAAUAUGUGUCGUAAAGUAAUUAACUAAGAAGUUCAUUUUUCAGUUUUUGUUAAUUAGUUGAAUAUAUGUUUCGAUUUCUCGUGCUACUAAUGGCCGCCUGUGUGAAUAACCCAGCUCAACGAUAAGAAUUAUGCUACCUGCCGCAGGCAAUUUUUAAAAAUUCCGUAAAGCUUAAUUUUGAACACCCGGUAUUUCAAUCUACGAAUUGUAGCUAGGGAGUAUGCAAGGCAUUUCGACCUAGAACGAAUUUUGAGGGUGGCACCGGUUUCGAAAUAGGCGCCAUCAAUCUUGUGGUAAAAAUGCACUGUUGUUUCACCUACUUUUUUUUUUAUAGGAAAACGCUGUUUUAAGCAUUGAAGCACAAAAGUAACUGAACGCCAAUGGAUUUCAUCGGACACUAAGAAAAUUGAUAUCUCGAAACUGGCGUAGUCAUGAGAAUUCGCUCCAAGUGGGUACGCCUGGUGAACUCACCGGCUACUUUUCGUGAAUUAAAAUAUGUACAGUAAAGUAAUUAAUAAAAAUAUAAUUAGUGUAAUCAUGCAAACAUUCAAUUAAGCAUUUCGAUUUCUCGUUUAAGUAGUGGCCACCCGAUCGAGCAAUUUACAUCGAGUUUUUUGCUAUCUGCGACAAUCAUUUUUCUUUAUUUUGUGCAGCUAUAAAAGAACACCCUGUACACCAACGAAACAUUACUAAAUACGAAUAAGCAAUGUUGAAGAUUGCGAAAAUACUCCAACUUUGCGCCGACUUUGCCAAUGCACGCGAGUACAUGUAUUAGGGCAGCGAUACAUAAAAUUCCUCACAUCAAGUUUUAAACCGUGUAAUAACCCCGCCUUAUUUGGAAACUACACGGACCUAUAUUUGAAGUUAAAGUAAAUGUUCUUGGCCUACUAGAAAGGAAACCGUGUCGAUGGCUCACGUCAUGCAAGGUGAAAUGUCACGAGGUCUCGACAGAGACGUUCUAAAUUGUUCCUGUUUGCACACCCAUAUAACACUGCAUAGGUGUUGGUACAAGCACUGUGCUCGCGAUAUGCCGCUACAGUUGCGGCUGAGUCUAACGAAAAGCUAAAUUCAAGUGCGAUUUGUAGCUGCAAUACAUGCACAUGAAACCCGGCACGUACGUAUGUUGCACAUAGAGAGAGAGAACAACAUAUUUAAUGUAUGACUCUAUACCUAUUCAGGUAAGUGGGUAAGCGGGAAGGAUGUUAAGGGUGGCUCACUAUGGAAGCUUCACACGUGAAGCUCUAUAGUGAGUAAGGUGUCUUCUUGACGUUAACCCGUUGUCAGACCCAGUCUUCAAACGACUUCACCUACUUAGGUCGGUGAUUUUUCACGGAAUCAUCUUCAGUCCUUCGUAUUGCACAAUAGGUGAUGAACGCUGGAGUUGCCAAUCUUAUGCAUGCUCAGCCUUUCAGGAGGGGAUUGCCGGCGGUCAAGGUCAUUACGUACGUUGCCGUCGCCACAGCCAUAAGGCGAUAAUGUCCUUUGUCAUUGCGUACCCUGCUCUUGCCUUUGUUAAAAUGACUUGCGAUCCUCGGGAUAGGCCUCUGGAAAGGGGGUUGUCGGGUUCAGGGAUUGUCUGAUACAGCUAGACUGCACAGUGCCUGCCUCAAGCUUCUCGAGCUUUCCAAGUAAUCGUUGCAUCGCUACCUGCCUUUACAUGCCCCGAAACAAGCGCAGUUAUUGUGCAACAGCCGCAGCAGGUUAGUUAGAAGCAAUAGCAAUGUUCCUCGGUGCCUGAAAGUACUCGUGCGGGUUGUGGUUUGCGAAUAAGCUUUCCGGAAGGCUUGCCAGCAUGAUAACACAUCUGGUGCCAUUGUGGCAGGCUGCUACGUUUGAAAAUUUUAAUGUUAUAUCACUCACACUGAAAGUCUGGAAAUAGUGUGAUAAAUAUGGCAGUUGAACGUAUGCUACUUCAAUUCUGUGCUGAUAUCCUCCGUGUCCAAACUCAGAGUAACGUGGCAGCCUUGAGUGAGAAAUUAAAAAUUAGCGACGUUUAUGUCAUCGCCUAUGACCUCCAGAAUAGUGUGGGAAAUACUUAAACCUGUAAAAGCAGACAUAAUUGGGUAUGCUGUGUGCCUUCCUUGCAAUGUUUCUUCUGCUGCUGUUGUCAAUGCCGAUUUGCCACCCUUCUAUUUUAGUUACUGCUAUCCGUUUAGUAGCUGCAGCGAGUGUCCAGGUGAUGAUCAUGACAGGGUAGCUCUACGGCCCAACAGUCGGUUUGGUAGCUUCUGUCAGCACCGACGUAUGAAUUGGGGGGCCAGGAGAAGACACUCUACUUACCGCACUUCCGAUGCCCCUGCACGUGCAGCUUGCCUGUCAACACAAAUGGCUUUAACGGCAAUAUCUAGUUCGACUAUUCCUCUGUUCCGAUCCAACAAAUCGCGUGGAACAUCCACAGCCGUUGGCUAAUGGUGAGUGCUAUAGUGACUAAACAUUGCCGCAUAAACGGCUUGGUUUAGUCUUUAAAAACCGUAUAGCCUCUUCCUUACCCGGAACAGGUGAGCACACGAAGCUUGUCCAACCGUAGGAGAGGGGGGGGGGGGGGGGGGGGGUUGGUUAGCUUUUUGAGUGUUUGCGACAUUCAUGGGCCCGCUGCCGCUGCCGUUCCUUUAACGUAGCCUGCUAUUCGGCAGAACUAACCAAACGAGGGCUCCCCAUCAGACUGCCGUGUCUGAACUGGCGGGGAACGGCGAGCGGGACGGACGGACGGACGCACGGACGGACGAAGAACAUUUAUUCAGGUCCUGAGGAACUGCGCUGGGACGCCCCCUUUCAGGGGAAGUCGGUAGCAGUCGCGGGCCGCUCCCACGCAGGGACCGGAAGACCGUGGCCCUCCGCCCUCUCGCAGGCCCUCUGGACAGCCCGAAGUUGAACCGAGAGAUCGCCGUUUUUAAGGGCUUCCUCCCAGUCCUCUUCGUUGAUGAACUCUGUGUCGCGUAACGCAGGGCAUUGCCAGAGCAUAUGGGCUAAUGAGCAAUACGCCUCUCCGCAGUCCGGACAUUGCGGUUCGAUGUUGGGCGAGAAGUGACUAAACCUGCCCCUCGAAGGGAAAGACCCCGUUUGGAGCAUCCUCAAGGCCGACGAUUGCGGUCGAGUGAGUCUAGGGUGAGGAAGUGGGAAAACCCUCCGAGAAAGAUGAUAAUGCGUCAAGAUCUCGUGGAAAGUUAGGAGCGAGUCCCUGUACCUCCCAGCGUCCCCGCCUUCGAAUC